AUGGAGCUGCGGCUGUGGUUCCUUUUCGGGCUCGCAGUGACCUCCGCCGCAGGACUGGUGCCUCGCCCCCAGCCUGGGGACGCUGGCAGGAGCGGCGAGCCCCGGGCCCCCUCUGCCGCCAGAUCGGAGGGGGACACGGAGGAGACUGUGGCCACAACAGCAGUGCACGGUCCAAGCCCCAGAAGCGCUGGGCAGGAGGAGGGGCCUGGUCGGUUUGGGGAGCAGGCGGCCAAGGGGGGCCCUGUGCACCACCGAGCCCGGCGCUGUACAUGUUUUACCUACAAGGACAAAGAGUGUGUCUACUACUGCCACCUGGACAUCAUCUGGAUCAACACUCCUGAACGGACUGUGCCCUAUGGGCUGUCCAACUACAGAGGCAGCUUCCGGGGCAGGAGGUCGGCCGGGACCUAUCCGCAGAGCUCACAGCCGUCGAAGGGGACACCGCGCUGCACCUGUGCGGAGAGCGAGGACGCCGCCUGCGUGCACUUCUGCACCUGGACCCCGGCUGCCCGCGGGAAUUCAAGGACGGCACAAACACCUGACAAAGAAGCAGGAAAGCAGGCCAGCAGUGCUGCCGGGGGCGUGUGUCCGAGGAGGAAGAAAUGUGGAUCUUUGGGGGAAUGGCUUCAAAAUAAGCUGCAAACACAAACACUUUGUAAGUUAUGUAAAUUUCUAUUUAUCGAUGUAAUUGGCAUCAACUGGGAAUUGUUAACAACUGACAGUUCGCAAUCUCUUUCAGCUGCGCUCUAGCGGCCACGCUGACAUUGCUGAGCGUUUGAAGCUGAUGCAGUGUUUAGUCAUCCACGGAUGGGGAAGGCCGCCCCCUCCCCCGACGGCAGAGAGAUAAGAGCCACAAUUGGAGUGCCUGCCGAGGUCCUGAUGUGAGGGUGGGUGCCAGGGUGCUAGCCUUGACCAAAUGCUAAAUUUUCGAUGAGUAUAAACUAAGUGUUACAGUUAUAAAAGUGAGUGUCACAAGGAAAUGGACUCAUGUGCCAGCAGGACGGGGUACAGUUUAGAGAAGCAAUUAUUUAUUGUGAAACUGUUCUCUGUGUCAGCUCCUUUUGGCGGAUGUGUUCAACGGGAAGCCUCUGCACAUAG